UUCCAGUUUGGACCAAGAGGAAUCUGAACAUCCGCAGAUAAAAGAAGAGCAGCAAGAACCAGAACAUCCCUGGACAAAAGAGGAAACCAUGGAGCUCCCCAUAAGUGAGCAGAAAGAGCAGCUUGUUCUAAGGCAGGAAGCUGAACAUACAGGAGAGAAACCUUUACCAUGUUUAACAUGUGGAGAAAACUUUCUAAAAAAAGAGCAUUUAAUGGCUCACAUGAGUCUGAAGUGUUAUCAGUGUAAGAUCUGUAGAAAAAGCUUUAUUAAGAAAUCUAAACUUGAAAGACACACAAGAAUUCACACUGGUGAGAAGCCUUUUACCUGUAACAUUUGUAACAAGAAUUUUAGUUUCAAGAGUCACUUGACUAAACACACCAGAAUUCACACAGGUGAGAAGCCUUUUACCUGUAACAUUUGUAACAAGAAUUUUACUAAAAGAAGUAGUUUGACUACUCACACCAGAAUUCACACAGGUGAGAAGCCUUUUGAAUGUCUUUCCUGUGGAAGAUGCUUCACUCGGAAAUCUCAUUUUGAGAUACACAUGAGAAUUCACACGGGUGAGAAGCCUUUUUUAUGUCUGUCCUGUGGAAAACGCUUCACCUCUAAGACUGAUCUUAAUAUUCACAUCAGAAUUCACACAGGUGAGAAGCCUUUUACCUGUAACAUUUGUAACAAGAAUUUUACUAAAAGAAGUAGUUUGACUACUCACACCAGAAUUCACACUGGUGAGAAGCCUUUUGAAUGUCUGUCCUGUGGAAAAAGCUUCACUCAGAAAUUUCGUUUUGACACGCACAUGAGAAUUCACAUGGGUGAGAAGCCUUUUUUAUGCCUGUCCUGUGGAAAACGCUUCACUCAGAAAUCUCAUUUUGACACGCACAUGAGAAUUCACACGGGUGAGAAGUCUUUUUUAUGUCUGUCCUGUGGAAAACGCUUCACUCAGAAAUCUCAUUUUGACAGGCACAUGAGAAUUCACAAGGGUGAGAAGCCUUUUACCUGUAACAAUUGUAACAAGAACUUUACUGAAAGAAGCAGUUUGACUAGACACAUGAGAAUUCACACUGGUGAGAAGCCUUUUGAAUGUCUUUCCUGUGGAAGAUGCUUCACUCGGAAAUCUCAUUUUGAGAUACACAUGAGAAUUCACACGGGUGAGAAGCCUUUUUUAUGUCUGUCCUGUGGAAAACGCUUCACAUCUAAGACUGAUCUUGAUAAACACACCAGAAUUCAUACAGGUGAGAAGCCUUUUUCUUGCACGAUUUGUGGCAAAAGUUUUACUCUAAAAAGUUAUUUGACUAAACACAUGAGAAUUCACACAGGUGAGAACCUGUUCUGAAUGAUUAUUCACAAAGAUUUUAAAUGAGAAGGUAAUUUAAGUAUCCAGGUGACAUUUAUUUAUGCAUGAUGUGGAAUGAUUUAUUGAAUUAAAAAAACAAAAACCAUUUGUUUAACAUAAGUCAUAAAAGUUAGAUGCCACAGGAAUGAACAGU